AUGCCAUUAACCCAUUCAGACUCUUUUGAAGAGCUCUACAACAGAUCAGCAGAUAUACUUAGUAAAGUAGCAAAUUUUGCACUACUCACUGCAGCUGAUUCAUCUAUCAGAAAUGAUAAUGCAAAUAAAAGUAAAAUCUCACUUGACAUUACUAAUCCAGAAGAUAGAGAAAUGUUUACACUAACAAGAUUAGGAAGAUCACUAGGCUAUAUUUACUUAGAGAAUAAUAAGAAAAAUUCCAGAUGCCUCAGAAAUUUGAUAGAACAUUUCAAAAUCAAAAGACAGGAAAAAUCUGUUAGUUGGUUACCCUCAAAGCUACUGUUGGUAGAAGCGGGAUUCUUCUUAAUUGAGGAUAAAGGUAAUUUAGUCAAAGUUCUAAAGAUGUUUAACGAUUCAUUGAAGAAGGGUAUUGUGAAACCUGUUUUACGUGAAGAACUUGUAGUGCAACUCAUUCUAAUUCUUGUAGUCAGAUACCUUAAGAAAAGGUGGUUUAGUUUUUCCAUUAUUCUUAGAGAUUUUGUUCAGCUGUUCUAUUUAGAUAAUGAACAAGCACUCAAGUACAUUCUGAAUGGUCGUGUGGCCUUCACACAUUUUGUUUCAGUUGAUUACGUAUCAAAUAAAGAAGAACUUAAAGGAUAUUAUCACUGCUAUAUUGCAAUUAUCUUUAAACUUAAUCAGCAAGCAGCUGAUCUGAUGAUCCUAAUAUUGCUUGCAAAUUGGCAUCCCUAUGUAAGUGCAGAUAAGAAGUAUCCCUCGUUAACCAAGAUACGUCCUAAACAAAUUUUUACAAGUGAAAAUCUUGAGAAUUAUAGUGAAGAGUACUUAAGCAUUUAUUGGUUACUCAGGUACACUG